UGCAAGUGAAAACGAAUGCCAAUAUUGUGCAAUUGUUAGGGUUAGAAGCGAAAUUAAGGUUAUUAUAACCUCAAUCUUUGCGGAGAAUAAACCGGAGCAACCGGAGGUGAUGUCUGGUCGUAAACUUGUCACCGUCAACGAUAUUUAGGAGAGUGAUCGACAAUCGUGAUGAUCGAGACAAAGUUGAUUGGUUAAUUUAAAUUAAAAAAAGGAAUCAAUCGAGAUCAUUGAGCGCAAAAAAAGAUGACGCUAAAGAUUCCGUUCCGCGGGGGAAGCUGGAUGUUGCGCGACAAGCUGAACCCGCUGACAGGUCUGAGGUACAAUCCGAAUGGCGCGUGCAACGCCGCGCCGAUGUCCACGUUGCCGCCCGACAGCCCGAUGAACGUGUUCGACCGGGGCGUGAAGCUGCUGCAGCGCGAGCGCGCCGCCAGGGACGCCAAUGUCCGGUUGUACGACUACGUCAAGGACGAGGUGGGCGACCGGCUGGCCGACCGGAUAUUCGACAUCAAGCGAAAGUUCGGCAGGGCCCUCGACCUGGGAUGCGGCCGCGGUCACGUGUCCAAGCGGAUCCUCGGCGAGUCCGUGGAGGAGCUGGUGCUGGCCGACAUGAGCCCGGGUUUCCUGCGGCAGGCCGAGACCACGGAGGGCGUGAGGGUCAAGCGGGUGGUCCUCGACGAGGAGAGUCCGUCCUUCGAGCCCGACAGCUUCGACAUGGUGAUCAGUUGCCUGAGUCUCCAUUGGGUCAACGAUCUUCCCGGAUGUCUUAGACUUGUCAACAAUUGCCUGAGGAAGGACGGGGUCUUUCUGGCGGCCGUGUUCGGCGGCGAUACGCUUUACGAGCUGAGAAGUUCCUUGCAAUUAGCUGAACUCGAGAGGCACGGUGGGAUCUCGCCGCACAUCUCGCCGUUCGCGGAGAUCAGAGACAUCGGGUCCCUGCUAACGAGAGCGAACUUCAGCAUGCUGACUAUCGACACCGACGAGAUAGUCAUCGGCUACCCGAGCAUGUUCGAGCUCAUGUGGGACCUGAAAGGAAUGGCCGAGAGCAAUGCAGCUAGGAAUCGUAAUUUGCAUCUGCCGAGGGACACGCUGAUCGCAGCGGCGUCCGUGUACAAGGAGCUCUAUGGAAAGACGCGAGAGGACAACACCCCGUUCGUGCCCGCCACGUUUCAGGUGAUAUACAUGCUGGGCUGGAAACCGGACGCCUCUCAACCGAAGCCUCUCGAGAGGGGGACCGGGCAGGUGUCGCUCAAGGACUUGUACAGGCUCGAUCAGAUAGUCAAGGACAGGAAGAAGAUAAAAUUGGACGACGACGACCAGUAGCCUGUGUUAAAUAGCCUUUAUUCGAUCGCGCGUUGAAUGUAAAUACUCUGUACCGCGUGUAAAAACUUAACAUUGUAUAAAUUCUUUCCCUCGAAUAGGUUAGGCGUAAAAAAUAACUUAUUGAAA